GUGGAGCAGAUCACUAUGCCGCCACAACACAGCCCUUGUUCUUUCUCAGCCAAUCAGAGGCCAGUAUGGUAUUACAGGACAUUAUAAAUAAGCGAGAUUUCCCCUAAGCGUUUCUCUAUUCGUAUAGUAACACAUCCUCUCCCCGGUUACUAUGUUAUUAGAAGCGCUGCCCGUGUCAUAAUAGUGAAGCGGGCGGGCGCAAGCAGUGAUUUAUUUACGUUAAACCAACAGCCACAGCAAUAAAAGCUUCGUGCGCCGGUGGGCGCUUCAGCAUUACGCGAUCCCGUGUUCUUAUGUUUGUCGCACGCUAGCGGGAUUUAAGACUGAGUCGGGCGGGCAGGUCAUUGAGUCCCUCCUCCUCCUUCUGUCCUCACUUGUGCGAUCCGUCUCUCUCGUUCUCGUUUCCUUCCUCCCGGCGAUUUCUCGGUUCCCCCUUCCCGGAGAAUGAGCUCUUCCUCCCUGGGCACUGACACUCUCCCCGGCAGCAGGACGCAGGAGGGCGGCAUGAAGGUGAAGCCAAGCGGGGGGCAGGUGGUGGCCGCGGGCAGCACGGAGGAGCAGCUGCUCCGAAAGCCGCACAUCACACCGGAGGAUGUACUGGGGCUGCAGAAGAUCACAGCCGACUAUCUAUGUACUCCUGAAGAAAACAUCUACAAGAUAGAUUUUACCAGAUUCAAAAUUCGGGAUAUGGAGUCUGGAACAGUUUUGUUUGAAAUCACUAAACCUCCAGCAUCCGAACGUGAAGGAGAUAAAAAGGAUGCCGACCCAAACGCUGGCCGAUUUGUUCGGUAUCAGUUUACGCCCGCUUUUCUCAGACUGCGCCAAGUCGGUGCCACGGUUGAAUUUACAGUAGGGGAUAAACCCAUUAAUAAUUUCCGAAUGAUUGAGAGGCAUUAUUUCCGUGAGCAGCUCUUGAAAAGCUUUGACUUUGAGUUUGGUUUCUGCAUCCCAAGCAGUAAAAACACAUGUGAACAUAUCUACGAGUUUCCACAGCUCUCGGAGGAUCUUAUUCGUGAGAUGAUCACACACCCCUACGAGACACAAUCGGACAGUUUCUACUUUGUGGACAACAAACUUGUGAUGCACAAUAAGGCAGAUUAUUCAUAUAGCGGAGGCCCGUGACCUCUCAGUAAGAAGAUAUAAGUGAGGCAAACCACCAACAAUCUCCCUUCCCCUAUAGAGAUUAUGUAUUUUUUCCCUUUUCUGUAGGCAAUCAAUCCAAGCGACAGUUCUACUGUUUGCUUGUAGAGGUUUUGUGAUUGAGCCUCAAUCUGUUUCCCCAGCAUUUGUAGCGGGUGUAAGAACCUUCUCAUUCAACGACUUGGACAUCAUGAAAGUAAGAAUAGUCUUUCAGACAAGAAUGUGAAAUUUUUUGCUCCUGCUUUAACGAUCUGAAACUCCAGAGGACUAUUUUGAAGUCUCUUUAGAACUAUUCUGUGUCAUAUAAUUUGUGCUCUUCAAGCUCACAACUAUCAUUGAUCAUUGACCUUUUUUUCCUUCUUCUAUUCAUUCUACACAAAAAUAGAGUCCUAUUUUGAAGUAUAAGCUUGGACCAAACCAUUGUUGUAAAGAAAUCCAAGCCAAAGAUCUAAUCUGUUCUUCCUUUUGGGCAUGUGUUCAUGAAUUUACACAUAACUAUAAAACAAUCGCAGAUGU